AUGGAUUCUUCGAACCCAUUUUGUAGCUCACAGGAGUUUGUAAACCUCUUAACAAGCCAAGAGGAACACACAUUAUGUUUUUCACCUUCUCAAGAGUUUGGAUCAUCUGAUGUUCCAAGGUUUAGCAGCCAAGUACCUGAUCAACCAAGUGUUAAAGAACGGAGGAAGUGGUCACCUGUGGAAGAUGUGGUGCUGAUAAGCGCUCGGCUGAAUACCUCUAAAGACCUUGUCAUUGGAAAUGAACAAAAAGCAGGUGAUUUUUGGAAAAGAAUCAUCGCUUACUUCAACUCUUCACCACAGCUAGCAAAUGAACAAGAUAGAGAGUCUGGUCAGCUUAACGACCAUGUAUGUAAGUUUGUUGGCUCUUAUGAAACGGCCAUGACGGAGCAAACCAGUGGGCAAAAUGAGAAUGACCUGAUGAAGGCAGCUCAGCAGAUCUUCUACAACGAUCACCUCUUUAAGUGGAAGGCCAAAAGAAGGAAGCUUGAUGAGACUUCAGCGCAUUCUUCAAGCUCACAAACCCAAGCUGAUGGAGAGGAUGUUAGCAUGGCAAGGCCACCUGGUGUGAAGGCUUCGAAGGCUGCAAAAAAGAAAGAGGCUGAUACAUGCGGUGCUAAAGAAGGAGGAAAAGCUGUGAAGGAGUUUCAAAUCAUGUGGGAAAUCAAGGAUAAAGACCUUGCGAUGAAACGACAGCUUUCUAGGAGCAAAGUGCUUGCAAGUCUCCUUGCAAAACCAGAACCAUUAUCUGAAAUAGAAGAAGCACUGAAGAUCAAGCUUAUGAAUGAAAUGUUUGGAAAGGGCAAUAUAUACGUGGCUCUGGAAAACCGACAAUUGUCUUGGAGGCGGUAG